AUGACGCAGACUCCAAAACAUAUCUCAGUGUCUCCAGGAGAGAAAGUUCAGAUAAACUGUAACUCAAAUUCUGAUGUCACUUACUCAGAUGGUGACAGUCUAAUAUAUUGGUUCCAAAAAAGAAAGCUGAUCAACCCCCAAAACGUCUUAUCUAUUGGGCAACCAAUCGCCAGUCUGGAGUCCCGGACAGAUUCAGUGGCAGUAGAUCUGGAACUCCGCAUGAUUAUUUCACUCUUACAAUCAAUGGGGCUCUGGCAGAAGAUGAAGCCGAGUAUUACUGUAUGCAGGGAAAGAGCUUCCCGCUCACACAGUGAUACAACGCCGUACAAAAACCUCCUUCCUCUUUUAUAUAGUUAG